CGGGGGUAAUGCGCACCGGCAAAAUUUCUUUUCUGCUAUAAAACGGGUCUCUCUGCUUGAGCUUUUCUUUGACUCCUCUCAUCUCCUCUCUCUUAUUCUUUUCUUACCUAGAUCCCCGUCGUACAAACUGAACUGAGGCAGAGAGAAAGCGAGAGAGAGAGAGAGAGAGAGAGAGAGAGAGAGGUCGUAAGGCAAGAUUUGAAAGCCGGUCUUUUGGUGAAGGUUUUCUUGUAAGAAGUCGGAAGCAAUGGCGUAUUCGCUUCCACGGAUAGCCACACUGCUGGUUUUGGCUCUGUUUUUCGUCGCAGCAGCUGCGGAUGAGGAACAGCAGCCGCUCAAUUUGAGGAAGGAGGAAUCGCUGGAGCUGCUGCAGAGCUGGAAGAAGAAUUCCUCGAUCGCUAGCAACAGGGUGGAGAAGGAGGACCAGGACGAGGUGCGAAAUGAGCAUGCUGUGGACAACCCGGAGGAGAUUGCUGAAUCAGUGAACCAGAGCAUUAUGAACAGUACGGCCAGAAGGAACCUGGGAUACUUCUCUUGCUCCACGGGCAAUCCAAUCGACGACUGCUGGCGGUGCGACCCCAACUGGCAGUCCCACCGCAAGCGCCUCGCCAACUGCGCCAUCGGCUUCGGCCGCAACGCCAUCGGCGGCCGGGACGGCCGCUACUACGUGGUGUCGGACCCGGGCGACGACGACCCCGUGAGCCCGAGGCCCGGGACACUCCGACACGCCGUGAUUCAGGACAGGCCGCUCUGGAUCGUGUUCAAGAGGGACAUGGUGAUCACGCUGAAGCAGGAGCUCAUCAUGAACAGCUUCAAGACCAUCGACGGCAGGGGAGCCAACGUCCACAUCGCCAAUGGAGCCUGCAUCACAAUCCAGUUCGUCACCAACGUCAUCAUCCACGGCCUCCACAUCCACGACUGCAGGCCCACCGGGAACGCCAUGGUCCGCAGCUCCCCGAUCCACUACGGGUGGCGGACCAUGGCCGACGGAGACGGGAUCUCCAUUUUCGGGUCCAGCCACAUUUGGGUCGACCACAAUUCCCUCUCCAACUGCGCCGACGGCCUGGUGGAUGCCAUCAUGGGCUCGACCGCCAUUACCAUCUCCAACAACUUCUUUACCCACCACAACGAGGUGAUCCUGUUGGGACAUAGCGACUCCUACACGAGGGACAAACAAAUGCAAGUGACGAUUGCCUACAACCAUUUUGGGGAAGGACUUAUCCAGAGGAUGCCAAGGUGUCGGCACGGCUACUUCCACGUGGUGAACAACGACUACACACACUGGGAAAUGUACGCGAUUGGAGGAAGUGCGGAUCCUACAAUUAACAGCCAGGGCAACCGAUACCUUGCUCCUGCAAACCCUUUUGCUAAGGAGGUGACAAAGAGAGUGGACUCAAACGGAGGGGUGUGGAAGAGUUGGAACUGGAGAUCACAAGGGGAUCUGCUUCUGAAUGGAGCAUACUUCACAGCAUCAGGAGCAGGGGCAGGGGCCAGCUACGCCAGAGCUUCCAGCUUAGGGGCAAAGCCCUCGUCUUUGGUUGGCAUGAUGACCUCAACUGCUGGUGCUUUGGGCUGCCGCAGGGGCCGCUCAUGCUGAGACACAAACAGAUCAUAAAUUACACCAAACCAAAAGAAACAAAAAAAAAAAAAAAAACAGGAAACUAAUAUAAAAAAAAAAAACAGAGAGAACUUCAGCUCAAUUCCUCCUAGAGUGCGAGUUUGCCACCCCAUAUAUUCUGUUCGAACCCCCCCUCUUUCUUCUUCUUCUUUCUUUCCUUGUCUUCUUAGUAUAUCUCUAUCAAUUCACCACUGCCAUUACUCUCACCAGCAAUGGGAAUGAGAAUGGGAAUCACAACAAGCUAAGUGUAAAUUAGGGAAAUUCUUGGUACAUGCUUGUGUGCCGCAUUCACCCUUGAACUCCUCAUGCCGCCGCCGCCACCACCACCCUGUUCCGAAUUUAAGAUUUGGGUAUGGAACGACCUCGGCCAAUCUCUUGCACUUUUGACGUGCUGCAGUGUUGUUCUUCACUCACUUGUUUUUAUUUUUUUUGCCCCCUUUUUGUAAUUCCUUUCUCUUUCUUUUUUACUUCUUUUUUUCACUUAAAUCAUUUCUCUUGUACUAUAAUUGCAUGAACUCUCCAAUUUCUGGAGUAUUGCAAAAAUAUAUUAAAUCAAAAUGCAAUAUUUCCUUCA